GACCCCAUCUCUAAAAUUGUACAAACAAAUCAUCUGAAUAUCUGAGUGUCAAAAUAUCUUCCAAGCCCCUCUCAUUUACAAACAAAAACUAUACAAAAACCACACUUGAAGCUUCAAGAGAAAGAUGAGGCAACAGCCCUUAGUCAUCUGCUCACUGAUAAUAUCUUUGCUAUGUCUGGUUGAUUCAUCAAAUGGCUCUUUGCUACUGCCAUUUACGGACACUCCAGGAAGCCUACUGUCUGAUCUCUGGGCAGACCGGUUUCCGGACCCGUUUCGGAUGCUGGAACAAAUCCCAUUUGGGAUUGACAGGGAUGAGAACACGGCACUCUCACCAGCCAGAGUAGACUGGAAGGAAACACCAGAAGGUCAUGUGAUAAUGCUGGAUGUUCCAGGAUUGAAGAAGGAGGAGCUGAAGAUUGAAGUGGAGGAGAACCGGGUGUUGAGAGUUAGUGGAGAGAGGAAGAAAGAGGAGGAGAAGAAGGGUGAUCAUUGGCACAGAGUGGAGAGAUCCUAUGGCAAAUUUUGGAGGCAGUUUAAGUUGCCUGACAACGUGGAUUUGGAUUCAGUUCAGGCUAAGCUUGAGAAUGGUGUGUUGACAUUGUCCUUGGCAAAGCUGUCUCCUGAUAAAAUUAAAGGUCCUAGGACUGUCAGCAUUGCUGGAGGAGAAGGUGAACCUGCCAAACUCAAGAGUGAAGCCAAGCAAGAGCUUUAGAGGUUUUUCUUCAGAAAUUUUCAAAUACGGGUGAAGAGAGAGCAAUUGGGUGUCAGUGUCUCACUUGUUUAUUGGAGAAUAAGGUUUCUAAUGCGUGUAUUUGAGCUUUGUUUUGUUGUGUGGAUGAUGCAAUAUGUAAUGUAUUGUUAAAAAAUUUCAUAAUGUAAUAAAAUUUUCCUUAUCAAAUUCCCUGUCUCACAAAUUAGCAAGAAAACCAAAACCUUCCGCAAAGAACAC